UCACCAAAUAUUAGGAUUGAGGGGUACACAGGCAUUGGUUUCUGACCCUAUAUCACAGUGCUUGCUAAUAAUGAUGCUUCUCUUUCCAACUCAUCAAUUCUACAGAAAUAAAUUGAAAGAAAAUCAUUCAGAUUCAGAAGAAGAAGUGAUAUUAUUCAGCUGAAGCUCAAGAAAAAAUCAAAAGAAAGAUGACUUUUGUAGAACUUUUGGAAGUGGCUUCUAUGCCAGUUAUUCAAGUGCUUCUUAUUAGUGCAUUGGGAGCUUUUAUGGCAACUAGUUAUUUCAAUAAUCUUCUUUCACCAGAUUUUAGGAAAUCCUUGAACAAAGUUGUGUUUAUUCUGUUCACUCCUUCACUUGUGUUUGCAAGUUUUGCUAAGUCUGUUUCACUUGAAGAUAUGAAAUCAUGGUGGUUUAUGCCUGUUAAUGUUGGACUGACCUUCUUAAUUGGAGGGAUUCUUGGAUGGAUACUAGUGAAAUUACUAAGGCCUAAUUUGAAAGUGAAAGGUCUAAUCAUUGCUUCAUGUUCAUCAGGAAACUUAGGUAACCUACCUAUUGUAAUUAUCCCUGCAAUAUGUGAUCAAAAAGGAGGUCCAUUUGGUGCACAUGAUGUUUGUCGCAGUAAUGCACUCUCAUAUGCUUCUUUCUCUAUGGCACUUGGUGGUAUUUUCAUUUGGACCUAUACUCUUCAAACUUUAAGAAGCAGUUCAUUGAGAUUUAAGGAACUUGAGGCUUCGGAGAUCAUAAAUUCACCAAACAAAGACCUUGAUGGAAAUGUAGAAACUCCUCUUUUAAAGGGAAAAGACAAUAAAAACACGUCGACCAAAGUGCCACCUUUGAGUUAUAUUGGAGACUCUGAAAGUCAAAUUAUUUAUGACAAAGUUGAGUCUAAUGUAUUAAAGAAUGAGAAACAAUCAUUUAUGCAUAGAAUGAUAGAAGUUCUAAAACAUCUUCUGCAAGAACUAAUGUCACCACCAGCAAUUGCAACUUUUUUCGGAUUCCUUUUCGGCGCGGUUUCAUGGUUAAGGAAUCUAAUAAUUGGAGACAAUGCUCCAUUUAAAGUAAUCCAAGACACUCUUCAAUUACUAGGGAAUGGAACAAUUCCUUGCAUCACACUCUUGCUUGGUGGUAAUCUCACUCAAGGCUUGAAAUCAUCAAGUGUAAAACCAUUGACACUAAUCAGCAUCAUCAUAACUAGGUUUUUUGUACUACCUUUUAUUGGAUUGUUUAUUGUCAAAGCCGCGGCGAAUUUCGGUUUACUUCCGGUGGAUCCUUUGUUUCAGUACACUCUGGUGAUGCAGUAUGCAAUGCCACCAGCAAUGAAUAUUAGUACUAUGGCUCAACUGUUUGAUGUAGGAAAUGAAGAGUGUUCAGUUAUUCUAUUAUGGACAUAUAGUGCUUCAGCCAUAGCACUCACUGCUUGGUCAACAUUCCUCUUGUGGCUAUUAUCUUAAGGUGCAAAAAUGUCACGAAAAUAAUAAAAGUGUUUCUUCUAAAUUUAGGAGAUUUUUUUAGAAGAUUUAGUGGUGGAUUUUCAAAUAAUAAUUUUAAUUGUUUGUAUACAAAAAAUUUGAAAAUAGAAAGAAAAAAAAAAUGCCCCCAUGCAGGAUCGAACUACAGACCUUCAGUUUACAAGACUGACGCUCUACCACUGAGCUAUAGGGGCAAAUACGACACAAAUUUGAAUAGAAAUUACUUUUCUAAGUAUUAUCUUAAGAUAAUUCUUAGACUAAAUAAAUAAAUAGUACUCCGGUGUGACACCAAAAUUAUAUACGGUCUGAUAAUAAAGGAAUGGUCAAUUUUAUAUAGUUUUGAUUCUGUACCAGAAAUAAAUAAAUAGAGUUGUGAUUUUUUAGUUUUA